AUGGAGGAGAUCGCGCACCUUGAGCGCGAGCUGGGCCAGCAGCGUGUCGAGAAUGCCUAUUACCGCGACUGCUACGCACUUUUCAAGCUCUUGCAAGAUCUCGCAGAAAACACAUCUCAUGAUCUGCAACGUCUUUACAACUCCGACUCACCGAAUGAUCCACACUGUUCCGGCCACGAAAUCCUGUGGUACCUGCAAAAUACGAUAUCUAGUAUGAUUGAAAAGGCAUGCGAGUCCGAAAAGAGAUGGAAUGCUCUCUGUCGCAUCGACCAACUCUACUCAGCCCGGGUUACUUUGGACCCAAUUAGGACCAUGUAUGCUGAUCCAGAGGAAUGCUAUGGGGCACACCAACCGACAAAGGAUAUUGGCCUCAAGCCUUGGCGAUCCCGGGAUAAUGAAAAUUGUGUCAAGGGGUUGUGA